AUGGCUGCUGAAAAGUUCCUUCAGUUUCUGGAACUGGAAAAUGGAAGUAUUCACGAAGCUGAAUCGACCAUCAAUGAAUUAUCAACAUUGGUGUCAUUUCAUGAACAGAAGGUCAGCAGACGGAGCAUUGCUCAUAUAUUACGGAAGAAGGAAAUUAUACCACUUCCCCCAAACACGAAGGGGGGCAUAGUUUUACCCACCAGAUCACAAAAGAAGAUAGAAUAUAUCCGGAAUCCUGUUGAUUACACUAUAUUAGACAAUGUCGGACAUGGUGUGAAGAAUGAAAAUCUGCCUUCACCGACUAUCAGCCAACAUGCUUACCAGUACGGUACGAUCCGGUCAAUCAACAAUAAAAGUCGACACUCCGGGUCGCAACCCUCCGGCUACGCCACCAUCAGUCACGCGAGCAACUUCUCCCACUACCGUGUGACAGGACAGUUGCUUCUAAAUCAAAGUAAUUCACAAUCGAGCAUUUACAAAUCGGUUGCACCUCCAACAGCCCCAACGAUUCCAGCAAUUACUAGCAAUGAUCGGUACACGACGAUUGGGCCCAGUCAUACGAAAGCUGCACGGAGUACGUCGCUGGAUGGCAAUCGACAUUCGUACAGCGGUUCAACGGGUCGCAACAGAUACUCGCAGUCAAACUGGCGCCAGUCGGCGGCUCCAACAGAAGAUCCCCCACCGCCGCCAUCUUUGGCUGGUUUAUGGACUCAACAAACUCCUGUAACUCAGUUUCCUGAUGAUGAUGUUGAUGAUACUCUGCCACCACCACCGACGUUUAUUGCUGACGAUUACGACACAAACUACGACCAGUAUCCACAGCAUUUAAGUGGCAUUAUACCUUCCAUAUCAGAUCUUCCUGAGGUCAGCACAGACUAUGACGACAGCCAGGGUCUCUAUCAGACAACAGGAAUGUACAUGAUGCAAUCGCAAGAGCCUGAGCAUUUUAUGGAAAAAGUGAUUGCAAUCUAUGACUACACGGCAAAUGAACCUGAUGAACUCACUUUUCAAGAACAUUCCGUCAUUUACGUGCUCCAGAAGAAUCAAAACGGUUGGUGGGAGGGCAUCGUUAACGGCGAACGUGGUCUCUUUCCAAGCAAUUACGUUGAGCCUUGUAUUUGA